AAGCCCCUGGCCGGGCGCAGGCGCAGUGCGAGGCGCGGGGCGCUGCCCCCUAGCGCCGGGGCUCGUGGCGGAGGGGAGAUGCCGGGCGAGGAGGAGGAGGAGGCCGAAGCGGGGCCUGGGGGGCCUGCGGCCACCUCCCCCGCGCCAUGCCCGUCACCGCCGGCCGAGGAGUGGGACACGCGGCAGCGCUACGAGGAGCUCUGCGGCAGCCUCAACAUGGACGAGCGCGCGCGCGCAGAGGCCUGGCUCAGCUACCAGGGCAUGAGGCGCAACUACACCCUGGAGGGAAAUGAACUACAUUGGCUGGCAUGUGCUUUAUAUGUGGCUUGCAGAAAAGCAGUCCCAACCGUGAGCAAAGGGACUGUCGAAGGAAACUACGUAUCUUUAACUAGAAUCUUGCGCUGCUCAGAACAGAGCUUGAUUGAGUUUUUUAAUAAGAUGAAGAAAUGGGAAGACAUGGCAAAUCUACCCACACAAUUCAGAGAACGUACUGAGAGAUUAGAGAGAAACUUUACAGUUUCUGCUGUAAUUUUUAAGAAGUAUGAACCCAUUUUUCAGGAUAUCUUCAGGCAUCCCCAAGAAGAUCAACCUCGUCAACAGAGAGGAAGAAAACAGAGACGACAGCCUUGUACAGUCUCUGAAGUUUUCCAGUUUUGUUGGGUGCUCUUUGUUUAUGCAAAAGGUAAUUUUCCAAUGAUCAGUGAUGAUUUAGUCAAUUCCUACCAUCUCUUGCUAUGUGCUUUGGAUCUAGUGUAUGGAAAUGCUGUCCAGUGUCCAAACCGCAGAGAACUUCUGAAUCCUAAUUUCAAAGGCCUGCCUGAAGACUUUCAUAGUAAGGAUUAUAAACAGUCUUUGGAUCCUCCUUGCAUCAUUGAAAAACUCUGCUCUGUACAUGAUGGCUUAGUUUUGGAAGCCAAAGGCAUAAAGGAACAUUUUUGGAAGCCAUAUAUUAGGAAACUUUUUGACAAAAAGCUUCUAAAGGGAAAAGAGGAAAAUCUGACUGGAUUUCUGGAUCCUGGGAACUUUGGAGACAGCUUCAAAGCCAUCAAUAAGGCCUAUGAGGAGUAUGUUUUGUCAGUAGGAAAUUUGGACGAACGAAUAUUUCUUGGAGAAGAUGCAGAUGAGGAAAUUGGAACCCUCAGGAGGUGCCUAAACACACCUUCAGGAGUGGAAACCGCAGAGAGAGUACAAAUGAAGUAUAAUCUGCAGGAGCAUUUUGACAGAUCUAAAUCACUUAGAAUUACAACCCCACUAACUGGCCGCAGAUAUAUUAGAGAGAGCAACCCCUAUGUGACCCCUGUUUCCAUAGCAACAUAUAGUUUGAGCCGUCUUCAUACAAUGCUGACAGGACUGAAAAAUGCCCCAAGUGAGAACCUGGAACAAAUUCUCAGGGCGUGUUCCAGGGAUCCUACUCAAUCUAUUGCAGACAGAGUGAAAGAAAUGUAUGACAUAUAUUGUCAGUGCAUACAGUCUGAGGGAGAAUUUAGUAACUUUUCCAAAGAUGUUGCUAACAAGUACUUCCGUCUUGCUGAGGUUCUUUACUACAAGGUAUUGGAAUCUAUUUUAGAGCAAGAGAGGAGAAGAUUAGGAGACACCGACUUAUCUGCAAUACUGGAGCAGGAUGUAUUUCACAGAUCUCUCUUAGCAUGUUGCCUUGAGAUAAUAACUUUUUCAUACAAGCCACCUGGAAAUUUCCCAUUCAUCACUGAAAUGUUUGAUGUGCCUGUUUAUCACUUUUAUAAGGUAAUAGAGGUGUUUAUCAGAGCAGAAGAUGGUCUUUGCCGAGAGGUGGUAAAACACCUUAAUCACAUUGAAGAGCAAAUCUUGGAAAGCAUGGCAUGGAAAUCUGAAUCCCCAUUGUGGGACAGAAUCCGAGAUAACGAAAAUAGCGUUCCUACUUGUGAGGAGGUAAUGCCACCUCAAUAUUUUGAAAGGUCUAAUGGGAACAGUGUGGUAGGCUCUCCUUUGACACCAAGAAGGAUAAAUGAAGUUCGUGCUGAAACUGCAGGACUUGGGAAAGGUCUUUCCUCUUCUCCUACCACAUUGUAUGACAGAUACAGUUCCCCUACUGCCAACCCUACUAGGAGAAGACUGUUUGUUGAUGGUGAUAAUACCUCUGACAGUGGAACCCCUGUAAGAGUUUCUCAGCAGCCUGUGGUGAAUACUGUGCCAGUGCAGAAUGUGACACCUGAAACCAUGUCAGUGACUCCAGUGCCUGGACAGACAUUGGUUACAGUGGCAACUGCUACUGUAACAGCCAAUAAUGGGCAAACUGUUACAAUACCCGUACAAGGCAUUGCCAAUGAAAAUGGAGGAAUAACUUUCUUCCCAGUUCAGGUGAAUGUAGGUAGCCAGGCUCAGGCUGUGUCUGGUUCCAUCCAGCCUCUCAGUGCUCAGACCCUUGCUGGUACCCUUAAUACCCAGAUGUCUGGGACAGCCUUGCAGUUACCAGGCCAAGUUUCAGUUCAACAGAUUGCUUCUCCUGGUGAGCAAAGACAGAACCAGCAGUUUACAACCAGCUGUGGAAUUAGACCCAGGAAGACUGGAUCGUUGUCUCUCUUCUUUAGAAAGGUAUACCACUUAGCAAGUGUUCGUCUGCGGGACCUGUGUGUCAAACUGGACAUUUCUGAGGAGCUGAGGAAAAAAAUCUGGACCUGUUUUGAGUUUUCCUUGGUGCACUGUCCUGAGUUCAUGAAAGACAGGCAUUUAGACCAGUUGUUGAUGUGUGCCAUUUAUGUCAUGGCUAAGGUCACAAAGGAAGAUAAAUCAUUUCAGAACAUCAUGCGCUGCUACAGGACUCAGCCACAAGCUAGAAGUCAUGUAUAUCGGAGCGUGCUGAUAAAAGGUAGAAGACGCCGCCGUUCUGGAAGCAGCGAUAGCAGUAGUCAACAGAAUUCCCCAACAGAGAAAAGUAAAGACAAAACCAGCAGAGACUCUAGCCCUGUCAUGAGGUCCAGCAGCACACUGCCAGUCCCACAGCCAAGCAGCGCGCCCCCUACUCCUACCCGGCUCACAGGUGCAAAUAGUGACAUUGAGGAAGAAGAGAGAGGCGACCUUAUUCAGUUCUAUAACAAUAUCUAUAUUGACCAAAUUAAAGACUUUGUCCUAAAGUACUCUUCAACCACACAGAAUGAUGCUCCUCCACUCUCUCCUUACCCAUUUGUAAGAAUCGGCUCCCCCCGAAGAAUACAGCUGUCUCAGAAUCACUCAAUCUAUAUCUCACCACACAAAAAUGAGUCCACACUUACUCCACGAGAGAAGAUAUUCUACUAUUUCAGCAGUAGCCCAUCCAAGAGGCUGAGAGAGAUUAACAGCAUGAUUAAAACUGGGGAGACCCCAACAAAGAAGAGAGGUAUUGUCUUAGAGGAUGGUACUGAAUCACCAGCCAAGCGGAUUUGUCAGGAAAAUCAUACUGCUCUGCUGAGAAGACUUCAAGAUGUAGCAAAUGAUAGAGGUUCCCACUGAGUUUAAUCUAAUGUUCCAGAAAGAGAUGCUUUCUCUCCACUGCUCUCUGGCUAAUCUGUCUAGCCAAGAGGUCUUCAUACCCUCAAAAUACUCUGAUUCAGGAAGCCUCAGUGCAUCUCCAUUUUAUGUUACCAUCUUUUCAGCUAAUUUUUCUGUCAAAAGGUAAGAUGCUACCAUUUCCAGGCCUUUUCCGCUUCCACUGCAUUGACCAUUUGAACUGCCUACAUGGGAAUGACAACUGCUGCUGCACACAGUCUCCCAGCGGGUUAAAGCAAUUUUUCUUCUGGAGGCCAACCAUACGAAGUCACAUGAUGUCCAAACUCUAGGGCCACACCCACCAAAACCUCCUGUGUUAUGAAUAGGACAUAGAUGUAGAGCUGCAGACAGUUUGCAUAUGCUGUUUUUCUUGGUGCUUUACUACUAUUUUGUCAUAAAGUGUCCUCUGACUUGCAUCAUCAGACACCAACAGUGUUAACAGACAAGGUGCCUUGUUUGGACUUUCACUGGGAAAGGAUUUUGAGGGUAAGUAUUUUUAAGCCGUGAAGAGAAUCAGGUUCAGGAUGUUUCAUGUGCCUCCAAGAACAAUCAAGUGGUUUUGCUCUAAUGUUUGGGCACUUCACUUUAGGCCUACAUCAUUGUUAAUGCAUUUUGUUUUAGCUGUGCAAUGUGAACUUAUGUUCAAAGGGUGGCACUUUUUAUAGGGCUGUGAAGCUUUGUUUUAAAAAUACAGGUUAGUUGUGCUGUAUAUUUGCAAUUGCACUUUUAAAAAAAAAAAAUGUACAUAUUUUUCAAAUGGUCGAGACAAAGAUGUUUUCUGUAUUAAGUGAUCAAACUUUUGUAUUUAUUUCAAAAUAGCCAAUCUACAGCUCCCCUUCAGCAAGCAAGCGUGUAAGCAGUAGUAGGAAGCUUUGUAUAAAAUUAUUGAAAAUACCCAAGGUGAUUCUUCAGAUUAAGAUAGCCAAGAUUAUUAUAGUGUUCUCCCCCCUCCCCCCCUUGCAGCCAUCUUACCUCUUUAUACCCAAAAGGAGGUAGCACCUUAAGCUUGCAAAUGCAGUCAAAGAUCAUUUAGUUGGUUGUUCUGAAGCUUUUAGGCUAGUCCAAUAAAAAGAAAAAAAAAAAAUCAAGAUGUCCAGAAAAAAAAUUCCUUUACCACUAACAAGGAAUUUUGUACAUAGUUUUGGGUGGAAAGGCUUUUAACAUUUCAGCCUGGCUGGUAUGUUUAAUCUUCAUUAAUACUAAAUGUGUCCUACAAUUAAUGGAAAUGCAGAAUUGUGCAUCAUGUUGCCCACAAUGUGUAGCACUUCCAGGAUUCCUCAAUGUUCAAAAAGCCAAAAAGCAAGCUCAAUCUUGCAGUCAUUUAUGUUCAUAACAUUAAAUGAAUGGGAAAUUUUAGGGUCUAAUUAGCUAAAAUAAUGAGCAAGUUACUGGUUAACUUCCACUGGUCUUGUAUACGCAAAAAUGCUAGAAAGUGUUCUUGUAAAAAUAUAUUUAUGAGAUUGGUCAGACAGUUUUUUUCACUAUACUGUAACCCUACUUUAAGAUAUCACAAGUGUAUUUUUCAAUAAAGACCAUUUUAAAUGGA